AUGGAGGAAAUGAAAGAACUAAGAUCAAAGAAAACAGAACUCUUACGUGAUCUCGGCUCUCGGUUCGACUACUCUGGAAACAAUGAUCGACCUGAUCCCGAAAUGAUCGAAGAAUAUAAUGAGAUUGCCGAUGACAUCGACAGAACCUCCAAAAGGCGCUGUGAUACUGCGUUCAGCAAGCUUCCAGCAGAGCUCCUGAUCGAAGUCUUGUGGCACGCAACGGCACCGGAGCUCAGAGUUUAUAUCAUCGAUCGUGUGCUCGAAUUGAUGCUCGUUUGCACUGAUUGGGAGCAUCUUAUUAUGACUACCCCCAAACUGUGGAUGUGCAUUGAGCUCGCAAAGGAUAUGGAAGACGCAGAGGCAAAACUGGCGCUCUCUUUGUAUCUUUCUCGCGAAUUACCACUUUCUAUCUUCUAUGACUAUAAUUUUGACGCCAACCAGCAUUAA